AUGCAGAAUUCACUAGUAAAACUACGGACAAAGUCACCUCUAUACGGCCAACUGGUCAUCGGACCACCAGGUGCAGGUAAAACUAGCUACUGCCAUAAAAUGCAAAAGUUCCUUGAAAAAAUCGGCCGCAAAGCAACCGUCGUCAACCUGGAUCCUGCCAACGACAACAUGGAGUAUACGAGCGCUGUCGAUAUCAUGCAGCUCAUCACGGUACAGGAUGCAAUGGAACAGUUUGCGCUUGGCCCGAAUGGCGCACUAAUCUACUGUGUAGAGUUUCUCGAAACAAACUUCCAAUGGUUGCUGGAUCAACUGAAGAGCAUCGACAGCAACUACUUUAUUUUCGAUUGUCCGGGCCAGGUGGAGCUCUUCACGCACAACAAUGCGCUCAAAAACAUCUUUGCCAAACUAGAGCAGCUUGGGUAUCAUCUUUGUACCGUUCAUCUUGUCGAGUCGCACUAUUGUGCCGAACCGUACAAAUUUAUUUCGUGCCUGUUGCUGUCUCUGCACACGAUGCUGCAGAUGGGCCUGCCACACGUCAAUGUGCUCAGCAAAGCCGACCAGUUGAAGGAUCAUGAAGCAAAACUUCCUUUCAAUGUAGACUUUUACACCGAAGUAUUAGAUCUAAGCUAUUUGCUGGAGUGCAUGGAAACGAGUAGCUUUGGGAAAAAAUUUACUCAACUAAAUGCCGCUAUUGUUUCCAUGGUAGAAGACUAUAGUUUGGUGUCCUUCCUGCUGCUAGAUUCUUCUCGUGAUAACAGUCUACUGAGACUUAAAAACGCGAUAGAUAAAGCGAAUGGCUACGUGUACGGAGCUGGAGAAGAGAAGAACAUCAACACACUACUAGCAUGUGCCGUUGGAGCAGAAACAGAAUCGGACCGGAUGGAGCACGAUAUUGAUCCUUAUUUAAGUUAA